CUCUUGAAGUUGGUUUCUUGUGACGGUAAUUUCCUCAUCAGCCUCCUCCUGCUCCUCUGCACUGAAACAUUCCUCAAUCACUCCCAACACACCUCUACUGCCGAGCGGAUCCAUGCCGAGAGGAGGGGACCCUGCAGGACGAAACCGGUCAGAGGUCCACUCGAUAUGUCCGACAUAGGACCACAUGCGGCAAGUAAUAAGUAGCCUAAGCCAAAGGUAAAGCCUCGUGACGUCAGAGAAAUGGUGACCGGGGUAAACAACAGGCCCUUUUCAUGGAAACGAACAGCAUGGACAGCUUAGACGGUUGGGUCGCCGUAAAGACGAACCUUUUUGAUGAAGAGGAGUUGUUUCGACUGGUCUUCAUCGUCCAGUGGAGUGUGAUCGAGUCCAAGUUCGCGGUCACUUGUCACAACAGGACGCUGCAGCGGCGGACGCGGAGACUCCCCGCUGAGCAGGACCCCGAAGAGAGGAGACUCUCCGCUGAACUGGACCCCGACGAGACGAGCUGGGCCGGGCUGUUCUCUCUCCACGACCUGAGGAUGAUCCACCAGCAGCUGACGGGGGUGGCCGAUAUAUUGGGGCCCUAUUUUCCGGAUUUAUCAGACUUCGAAGAUGGGAACAUCUGGGAUUUGCUGUUCCUCACCAGGAGGUCCAACCUGGGCGAGGAGGACGACGAUGGGAGAGAUAUAGAUAUGCCUUGUCGAAACCUGGAAAGAUAUUUCAGCACGGCGAUUGAUAUCUGCGGGCGAAAGAUAGUCCUCGACUCGUUGUUCUCUCAGGAUGAUGUCGAGGAGUACUUUGAAAAUCUACAAGAGUUUAAGAAGAAGACUAUGCAAGAAGAGGUUUCAAGAGCCAAGGACCACCUGAGAAAGUUGCUGCAGAGCCACUGGGCCGCAGACAGGAUGGUCCUGCUGCUGGAUCUCUACCAGGACGAAGACCAAGCCUACCAGGACCUGGUCACCGCAGCCACCGUCUUCUUCCAGUACCUGCUGCAACCCUUCAGGGACAUGAGGGAGCUGUCCUGCCUCUACAAGAUGGAGAUCCUGCUGCUGGACUAUGAGGAGCUGGGCCCAAAGCGACUGUCUGCUCUGGAGAAGGAGGCGGAGGAGUGGAGGAGGAGAGCGGAGGAUGCCGUCUCAUCCAUCCAGGACGUCACCGUCCGCUACUUCAUACAGACGUCCAAAGCUCUGUCAGGUAUGGUCAAGCAGAUGGAGGAGGACAAGGGCCGCUUCGGGGCGUCGGCCUGGGCCUCGGCCAUGCCCCGACUGGAGAAACUGCGCUUCCUGAUGGCCAAGGAGUCCCUGCAGCACAUGAGGGCCUCUGAGAUGUGUCUGAAACGCAAGAAGGAGGGCAUCAGAGAGCGGGUACGUCCCGCUUGCCAGGGUGGUCUAACCCUAACCCCUCUAAGGUAAACACUAGGGUCAGGGUUUUGGUCUGACCUUUGUAAAGGUCAACCCUCGGCCCUAUGGGGUCGCGCCGCUCUCUAUAUGAAUCAUGCGUUCGGAGGGGACAAUGUUGGACUCAAAUGAAACCAUGAAUACAAGGGGGUAUGAAGCCUUCUCAUGUGACGGGAGCAGAGUUUUGUUUUCUUUCCCUUUUUCUCAAAGAGUCCUUAAGAUAUGGAGAACCGUUUUAUUACAGUGGUUUUACAUUAAAGUGUAAUUCCGGCGAAAAUUUAACCCAGGGUCCUUGUUUCGGCAUGAAAAAAAAUAAGCCACCCGAUACCUUUUUCAUUGAAAAUCGAGUAUUCGAGUUUGCCUGGCGCAAAGUUUGGCGUCCAUGUUAUUGGCUUGGGGCAUUGAGUUUCGCUUCCAAAUCGGCAUUUU